AUGCACCAGCCUCUCCACCUGACAGGACGCGAACGCGGGGGGAACGGUGUCAAAGUCCGCUUUGGAGAUAACGAUACGAACCUUCACGCAGCGUGGGACACGUUCAUCCCGAACAAGCUCGUUGCUGCAGUUCCUGAGCACUACGCUCGACCUCUUCCUGACUUUUCCUUCAAGUCGGGACGGUACACCCCUCCCUCCUCUUCUCGAAUCGUGCUCGAGGGAGGUGGGGUGUACCCAUCUCCGCCGGCGAGGGCUAUUCUGAAAUCGACACCUGGGGUUUAUGCCCUACCAACAACACCGUUCCGGCCUACAGCUCGUCCCAUCCAUGCACUCAAUUGCGAAUAUGCGUGGCCGGCGGAGGUGGCACUCGCCAAUGGGGAGACUGAUCCACCUGACUUGGACGUCCCAAGCUAUAUGGUUCCAAUUCAGAGCGAGAUGGCGAUUGAGAAACUGCUCACUCAGGGCGGGCUGCGUCUGGCGGGUAUCUUUAACUGGUUUUUCGCCCAGUCGGACGAAUGA